CAGGAUGGACCUUCCCAUCGACCAGGAUGAUCGACGUCCGGAUGAUUGGAAGUGAGCGGCGUUCUCCGCCUUAUAGGUGGACGCUUAUCGUCCGCGGCGGUUCAAGCCGCUGUCAUUGCGGAGAAUACCCCGGAUGAUAAGAUAGUCCCUACGCAGGAUGCUGUGAAGGAUUCUGUAUCAUUAUUGAUAUAGAAUAUGGGAAGGCGUAGGCGAAUGUCGCCCACUUUUGUCGUCCUGAUAGGCGGGAUGGUGUAUAUAUGGCGCGUUCUCCCGGGGAUGGCCCUCGAUGAACUCCGUCCGGAUUGCACACGCUGCUCGUUCUUCUAGCAUCACAAUGGACCCCAAAGACGAUCUCAAGUCCCCACCGCCCGUCCUCUCCGAGGAAGCAGGGGUUAUCGUCGCCGAGAGUAUCGCCGUCGACGUCGCCAUUGAGCGAUCCGUCGUCCGGAAACUAGACUUUCUGCUGCUACCGGUCCUCUCACUGAUGUACUUCUUCAACUCCCUCGACCGGUCGAAUCUCGGAAAUGCCAAAACGGACGGCCUCGAGCAGGACCUGAACCUGGUCGGCAACCAGUACAGCAUCAUCCUGGCCGUCUUCAACGUCACCUUCUGCUUGUUCGAUCUGCCGUCGAACCUGCUGCUGAAGAAGUAUAGUGGCAAGGUGAUGCUGCCCCUGAUGAUGGUCGGAUGGGGCUCUAUUACCCUGCUGCAAUGCGCGGUAUACAACUUCGCCGGACUUCUCGUCUGUCGCCUGUUCAUGGGUGUCUUUGAAGCAGGCUUCUUCGCCGGCGUCAUCUUCUACCUGACCCAAUUCUACAAACGCAACGAAAUGGCCUUCCGCCUCAGCAUCUUCUACGGAAUGGUCACCAUCGCCGGCGCCUUCUCCGGCCUCAUCUCCUUCGGCGUCUUCCAAAUCAAACACCAGCUCCCCGGCUGGAAAUACCUCUUCCUCAUCGAAGGUGCCGCGACCCUCAUCAUCGCUCUCUUCUCUUUCUACUGGCUCCCUGCCGACAGCGCGCACUGGCACCUCUUCACCGAAGACGAAGCCCGCACCGCCCAAGCCCGCCUCCUGCAAGACGGCUCCGUCCGCACCGGCACCAACGAGCAACUCUCCAUCCGGGCGGCCCUCGCCGCGCUCAUCGACUGGCGCGUCCUCACCUGGGCCGUUAGCUGCUUCUGCUACGGGAUCGCGCAGUCCUCCGUGUCGAACUUCAUGCCGCAAAUGGUGGCCCUGCUCGGCUACUCCACCAUCAAAACCAACCUCUACACCGUAGCCCCGUACUGCGCAGGGACCGUCUUCCUCUGGACCAUCUGCAAAUCAUCGGACCACUUCCGCGAACGCUCCACCCACCUCGCCGCCUCCCUCAUGCUCACCUUCACCGGCUACAUCAUCCUAAUCGCCGUCGACGCUCCCACCCACAAACCCCUCGCCUACUUCGCCUGCUUUUUACUGGCAAGCGGCGCCUUCGUCCCCUCCUCCGUCUUCCACAGCUGGCACACCAACAACGUGACGGACGAGUCGCAGCGCGCUGCGACAGUUGGGUUCCUCGUCGGCGCGGCGAACUGCGCGGGCAUUCCGUCUAGCUUGGCGUUCAAGGCGGACACGGCGCCGCGGUAUAAGCCGGCGUUGAUUGUGAAUUGUGCGUUUUUGUUGUUCGGGGUGUUGGUGAUUCUGGCGAUGGGGGCGUGGUUUCGUUGGGACAAUCGGAGACGGGAUCGCGAGCAGGGCGUACGCUUGACGGCGAAGGAUGUUGCGACCAAGUCGUUGAUUGGGGGGUGGAAGGAUCCGAAUUGGAGGUGGACUGCUUAG